UGGCUCAAGAUGGUUGUGACGAACGACCACCGGUACUGAACCAAUGAGUAUGCCCUGGUUGAGAUGCACGGCACUGGCCCUCCUUUCCCGCUGUGACAUCGCCGUCUCUGUCGAGCAGAUCGAUGACGAGUCCUGCCCGGUGCAGUUGCUGCAGGUGAGCCAGGCGCUAGACGGACCUGGCCCUUGGGAGGCCAUUAGGGACCUUGUGCGCGAAGCCGGGCGCGCAGAGUCUGCGGCAGUGCUGGCGCCCGCUACUGUGGCGGAUGGGGCGGCAGAGGACGCACGGAAGGCGCUGCAAUCCGCGGGCGCUGAGAACUUCCUCCAGGACCUGGGCCGCGCGGAGCAGGCGGCGCUGGCGGAGCCCUCGCGGGUGCCGGCCAAGACCGUGGAGGCCGCUGCCGAGUCCGCUGCCGAGUCGGGCAAGGCGGUCACUCUCAGGGACUUCGUGCGCGCGGCCGCGCGCGCUGAGUCCAGGGCAGUGCUGGUGCCCGCGACAGCGGCGGAUGCGGCAGAGGACGCAUGGCAGGCGCUGCAAUCCGCGGGCGCUGAGAACUUCCUCCGGGACCUGGGCCGCGCGGAGCAGGCGGCGCUGGCGGAGCCCUCGCGGGUGCCGGCCAAGACCGUGGAGGCCGCUGCCGAGUCCGCUGCCGAGUCGGGCAAGGCGGCCACUCUCAGGGACUUCGUGCGCGCGGCCGCGCGCGCUGAGUCCAGGGCAGUGCUGGUGCCCGCGACAGCGGCGGAUGCGGCAGAGGACGUAUGGAAGGCGCUGCAAUCCGCGGGCGCUGAGAACUUCCUCCGGGACCUGGGCCGCGCGGAGCGGGCGGCGCUGGCGGAGCCCUCGCGGGUCCCGGCCAAGACCGUGGAGUCGGCGCUCCCGGGCUUUGAGAAGCCGGCGAUGGUGCAGCAGUCAGCGCAGACCCAGACGUCUGAUCUUUGCCAGUGGGUCCGUGGCGAUCUGACGCCAUGCCUCGUGAGAAAGGAAUCUCGCAGCCUGGACCCUCAUGUUGCGUUCCUUGCGACUCCGAGGGAGCAGCCACGGAGACCAUUUGCAUCAUCGUGGGUGCAGUGCUCUUGGCAUUUAUCGUGUGCUUGAUCUUCAGCUGCUUCAAGCCUUCCACUAGUUACGAGGAGGAGCCGCUGAAGGGCGACGGCCAGGCAGCGGCGACGCUGCAGCGGCCGGGCAGGACUGCCAAGCAGGAUUGCUGCUGAGGCCCGUUGACUCACUGCCCCUUGACCAGCCGCAAGAGCAGAAAGACUGGCUAGCA